AUGAAAGGAUCUACACCUGCAUUGUUUAUCUGCGCCUUCGCAACAUGGGCUCUCGCAGCACCUGUAGCUACGCUUGAGAAGACCUCGCAUGUCGUCGCAUCAACCCACAUGCAGCAGACAGCAAAACAAACGGAUUUUCUAUCGAGAACAGCCCUCUUCUUUUCCUCCAUUACACCCUCACGAAUAUCAAUUGAGAAGCACAACAACGUCGUCGUCGCAGAGGAUGGCCAACGCGUCCAAUUACCAGAAAACCUCGCCGGGGCUAAAUCUUGGGAAACUCCUCACGUUCUCGCAUUUCUUACAUCAUUAACCCGCCCGAAGAAGCAAUCACCAUUCCCCGAGUCAAGUAUCAUAAGAGAGGAGACUCGCGGAAAUAUGAUGGAAGCCGAGCCACAGGAAACCAUUGUGGAGCUUGAAACUAAAGCAGAGCGUGAAUCGUGGACGUAUCUUCCCUACGUAUCUCAAGACAAAGUCUUGCGUUUCCGUUGCGUGCGUAAGGCUGCAGACACAAUGGUACUUGCACUUCCCGUUGCCGCCACGGUCAUGAUCCUCAUGGCUAUCUUUUCGAGAGCGCUUCGACACAGGGUUUGCACUCUCCGGACAUUCAAGAAGCGGGAGAUCCGUCUUGACGAUAAAGAAAUGGCAUCCCCUGACCAAUCCUCAAGACAGAUUCACAUGCCAGGUGCGUAUACGUCAGUCUACUCCGACGACGGAGUCAAGUCAUAA